UCCUCUAUCAAGAGACGUCCGUCGUCGUGAUAUUGAUUUGCCGGGUGUCGGCCAUUUUCGGCUGGGCGGAGCAGCGCCCACCAAUCAGGGGCGCGACAAUAUGAUGACCGUAUUCCCGAUCGGACUCCCGAGGUUCCAUCCUGAGCGACUCAACUUCACCUCAGGCUUUCGUCUCGUGUAGCGUUCGCAUCGCCCUCAUCGCCUGUCCCAUCCCACAUCCGCAACCAUGGCCUCGAUCGCGCGCCAGUCUCCCCUCCUCCGGCAAUCCUGCCUGUCUGCUUUCCGCGCUCCCUGGGCGACCAGAAAUGUCGCGCAGGUCGUGGCCUUUCACGCUUCGGCCCAGAAGCAGAUCUUGCCUCCUUUGCCUCAGACUAUCCAGGGAACUAUGAACGACCCUGCCCCUGUCCCUACCUCCCACCCGACUGAGGGUAGCUACCACUGGACCUUUGAGAGAAUCGUCUCUGCCGGUCUCGUUCCCCUCUGCAUUGCUCCCUUUGCCGCCGGCUCCAUGAGCCCUGUCAUGGACGCCGUCAUCUGCUCCGCCAUCGUCGUCCACUCGCACAUUGGUUUCCACGCCUCCAUCACCGAUUACUUCCCCACCCGCCGCGUGCCCAAGACCCACAGUUUCAUGAUCUGGUUGCUCCGCGCUUUCACCCUUAGCACGGCUGUUGGCCUGUACGAGUUCGAGACGAACGAUGUGGGUGUGACUGAGGCUCUCCGCCGGGUGUGGAAGGCAUAGAUUGGGGGUUGGUUUUUCAGUUCUGGUUUGGUCUUAGUUUAGGCGUCUGCCUUGCCUCUCUUGUACAUGUUGGUUUUUGUGCGCUUCUAUUGGAGCUUAUAAAAGAGUGUAUAACUCAAAUAUUAUACCUUGUUUUUUUUCUA